AGUGUUUGUGUACAGCCGAUAGCGGGCGUGUGCAGAGUGUGCUCCUGAACCCGGGCCCCCAGGUCUGCGCUGCAAGGACCCUGCGGGAGGCACGUUCUGAACAAUGGCUGUGUGGAUCCAGGCCCAGCAGCUGCAGGGAGAGGCCCUGCGCCAGAUGCAGGCACUGUACGGCCAGCACUUCCCCAUCGAGGUGCGGCAUUACCUGUCGCAGUGGAUCGAGAGCCAAGCAUGGGACUCCAUCGACCUCGAUAACCCCCAGGAGAACCUCAAAGCCACCCAGCUGCUGGAGGGGCUGAUCCAGGAGCUGCAGAAGAAGGCAGAUCACCAAGUGGGCGAGGACGGGUUCUUGCUGAAGAUCAAGCUGGGGCACUAUGCCACUCAGCUGCAGAACACGUACGACCGGUGCCCUAUGGAGCUGGUGCGCUGCAUCCGCCACAUCCUGUACCAUGAGCAGCGGCUGGUUCGGGAGGCCACUAACAGCCCCUCCCCGGCCAGCAGCCUGGCGGACGCCAUGUCCCAGAAGCACCUGCAGAUCAACCAGACCUUCGAGGAGCUGCGCCUCGUCACCCAGGACACGGAGAACGAGCUGAAGAAGCUGCAGCAGACGCAGGAGUAUUUCAUCAUCCAGUACCAGGAGAACAUGCGCCUCCAAGCUCAGUUCUCCCAGCUCUCCCAGCUGGGCCCCCAGGAGCGCAUGUCCCGCGAGACGACGCUGCAGCAGAAGAAGGCGUCGCUGGAGGCCUGGCUGCACCGGGAGGCCCAGACACUACAGCAAUACCGAGUGGAGCUGGCAGAGAAGCACCAGAAAACCCUGCAGCUGCUGCGCAAGCAACAGACGACCAUCCUGGAUGAUGAGCUGAUCCAGUGGAAGCGGCGGCAGCAGCUGGCGGGGAACGGUGGCCCCCCCGAGGGCACCCUGGACGUGCUGCAGUCCUGGUGUGAGAAGCUGGCCGAGAUCAUCUGGCAGAACCGGCAGCAGAUCCGUCGGGCCGAGCACCUGUGCCAGCAGCUGCCCAUCCCGGGGCCCGUAGAGGAGAUGCUGGCUGAGCUCAAUGGCACCAUCACAGACAUCAUCUCCGCCCUGGUGACCAGCACCUUCAUCAUCGAGAAGCAGCCCCCCCAGGUGCUGAAGACUCAGACCAAGUUCGCGGCCACGGUGCGGCUGCUGGUGGGGGGGAAGCUGAACGUGCACAUGAACCCGCCCCAGGUGAAGGCCAACAUCAGCGAGCAGCAAGCCAAGGCCCUUCUGAAGAACGAAAGCACCCGCAACGAGAGCAGUGGGGAGAUCCUGAACAACUGCUGCGUGAUGGAGUACCACCAGGCCACGGGCACCCUGAGCGCCCACUUCAGGAACAUGUCCCUGAAACGCAUCAAGCGCUCGGACCGGCGCGGCGCGGAGUCGGUGACCGAGGAGAAGUUCACCAUCCUCUUCGAGUCGCAGUUCAGCGUUGGCGGCAACGAGCUGGUCUUCCAGGUCAAGGGCCGGGUGCCGUUUGCCGUGCCCGACAAGGUGCUGUGGCCCCAGCUGUGUGAGGCGCUCAACAUGAAGUUCAAGGCUGAGGUGCAGAGCAGCCGGGGGCUGACGAAGGAGAACUUGCUCUUCCUGGCCCAGAAGCUCUUCAACAGCAGCAGUGCCCAGCUGGAGGAAUACAGCGCCAUGUCCGUCUCCUGGUCCCAGUUCAACAGGGAAAACUUGCCAGGGCGGAAUUACACUUUCUGGCAGUGGUUUGACGGGGUCAUGGAGGUGCUGAAGAAGCAUCUUAAGCCUCACUGGAAUGAUGGGGCCAUCCUGGGCUUCGUCAACAAGCAGCAAGCGCACGACCUGCUGAUCAACAAGCCGGACGGGACCUUCCUGCUGCGGUUUAGCGACUCCGAGAUCGGGGGCAUCACCAUUGCCUGGAAGUUCGACUCACCUGAGAGGAUGUUUUGGAACCUCAUGCCCUUCACAACCAGAGACUUCUCCAUCCGCUCGCUAGCCGACCGCCUGGGUGACCUCAAUUACCUCAUCUACGUGUUCCCUGACCGGCCUAAGGACGAAGUCUUCUCCAAGUACUACACGCCGGUUCUCUCUAAAGCCGUGGAUGGAUAUGUGAAGCCACAGAUCAAACAAGUGGUGCCAGAAUUUGCCAGCGCCUCUGGGGAUCCCGCCGCCGGAACGGUCACCUACAUGGAUCAGGCACCGUCACCAGCCGUGUGCUCCCAGCCGCAUUACAACGUCUACCCGCAGAACCCUGACUCCGUCCUGGAUCCCGAGGGCGAGUUCGACCUGGACGAUACGAUGGACGUCGCACGACACGUGGAGGAGCUUCUCCGGCGGCCCAUGGACACUCAGUGGAUCCCCCACAGCCAGUCGUGACCCUGUGCUGUGGUACGGCCCCAGCCCGGCAGCCGUGUCCCUGGGAGACAAUCCGGGGCGCGUGCCCCGUGGAGAGCAGCCCUGUGUUCGUGUCUCUGUGCGUGGGCCCAUGUGUGUGGGGUGCUCAUCCGGGGGCUUUGCUCUGUGCCAGCUGCAGUGUCCAUGGCUGCGCUUGGCUCUUUGGUGUUUAUCCCCGUGUACUAAAGGCAGUGGGCUUGUCAUAUGGUUUCCUUGUCUGUUCCUUUGAGGCCUGCCUUCAGCUUCUCGCUUCUGCAGCGCUUCUCCUCCCCGUGCAGCAGGUCCCUGGAGCCCCAUGUGUUUCAGCGCCUGCUGGACUCGGAUCCCUGCCCUUGUGCCCAGGGGCCUCUCAGCGUGGGGGGUGGGUCUGGGAGUUUGUUUGCGGUAAUUGUCACAUCUAGGACUUUUGUGUUCAAAUUCUUUCCUUUUGUUACCAGCUCCCCCAUCCCGGGGGGCGUGUGUGUGUGUUGGGUCCUGUUUGUGUGCACAGAGACCUGGGGACAAAGACUUUUUCUUCUCAGCCCAGGUAGCAGCAUCUGCGCCUUGGGAGUGUCUUGCUGGGAAGGCGCCCCUCCAGGGCCCUUUUCUCCUCCCGGUUCCUGCCUGGCCCGUGUCUGCUCAGCCAGUGGGACGCUGCCCUUCCCCUAUGUCUAGCGGUGGGGGGGGGGGUUAAUAAACCCUGAGAGGAAGGAGGGGAUUCCAGAUGGACACGACUGCUCUGUGUGCAGGAGGAACGGGACUCCUGGCUGGGGUCUGGGUGAGGCGCGGCUCAGGCUGGGGUGAGAGGCUGCCGGUCCCGCCCCGGGUGCCCUCCCUCCCCUUCAACAUUAUUUUUCUACGGCUGAGUAAAUAAAGCACAGAAUAUUUUUUUAAUACAAAGCUCUGGAUUCCACGUGUCUCUGUGGGAGCAUCAGCUCUGGGCUCAGCAGCCAGCUGACGUCCUGGGGAGGGGUCAGACAGAGCCCCUGGGGCUGGGGCUGUUGGUGGGCCAGGCAGCAGGUGUUUGAGCCCAGGGCUGAGCUGCACCCUGUGCGGAUGUGCGAGGGAGGAGCUGCUCUGGGGAAAAUACUGCAUUUGCCAGCUGGGUUCAGUGGUCAGACUCCAUGGAGGCAGCCAGGCAGGAGGACAGGGGAGUUGUGACAUUCCUCCCCCCGCUUUCUAGAGGACUUGCAGCAGCCCCCCCAGAUGAUCAACUGGCCCCGCAUGGCCGGAGGCAGCAGGCGCUGAACCUGGUUACGGGUGUGUCGGGGCCCCAGCCAGGCCCUCUCGUCCCUCUGCUGCUUCCCUGUGUUCUGAGUGCCCUGAGCUGCAUAAGGGGAGUCAUGCCGCUGGGUCAGCCCUGAGCCACGUCUUGCCUAGCGCCCCAUGAGCCCAGACCCAGAGACACCGUGCUUGUCACCUGGCAGGCUUUGCAAAGGACUUACUGGGCCGUGGCUGUGUGAGCCUCUGGCGAAGCGGCACUAGGGCUGGGUGGCUCCCAGCACAGACACCAUUUGCACCAGUGCUGUCUGCCCUGGUUUGAACCUAAGACCAGCUGCCCUGAAGCAAAGCGUGUCUGCCCCUGGGCAUUGCACUAGUCACUGAAAUCCCCGAGGCCUGGACACAGGCAGGGCAUGUGGGGAGGAGGCCGGGGCGCCUUGUCCGAAUGGUCUGUCCCUUAGCUGGUCAGUGCUGCAGGCAGCGGGGGCAGCUGGCGUGUGAGUGUGUGCUUGGCUCAGCAUUGCUGCAAAUCCUGCACGUGGCCUUUCAUGUGCGCAACUCCACAACCACCUGCUUUGCCAGACUGCACGCCCGCAGGGCAAGGGCUGGGGCUAGCCCUGGGCUCCUGGAGUGCUGGGCUGGCUCCUGCAGAUAGAGCUAAUAUCAUCCUGAAAACAAACAAUUCCUUUUUUUUUUUUUAAAGAAAAAUUCUCUUGCCAAGGCCCCGGCCAGGUGGGGGUGAGUUCUCACCUUUUGGAAUUACAAGCAAAUUUCAAAGAGAAGCAGGAAAAGCUUUGAUGCGAGGUGGGACACCCACAGGUUAAAGAUCACGACUCUUGUAGAAAGGAAAAAAAAUAUAAUUUUAAAAACAGCCAGGCUGAAACUUUUUGAUUUUCUUUUUAAAAACAAAACAAACCCACCAGAAAAUCUUGUAUGUGGAAAUUGAAUUAUUUCAACUGCCUACUUUUAGUGUUGCAGUCUGCUCCUGACUUGCACAGGGCACUAAUAAAGUAUUGUCAACUCUG